CUGUAUAAUGCUAUCAAAAAUAAAGGAUAUAACUUUCCAUAUAAAAAAAUUCGUGAAUGGCUUUCUAGGCAGAAUGAAUGGCAAAAGUACGCCCCACCACCAAAAAAUACUCCACGGGUUAGUUAUGGUAAAAUCAGUCACCCGAAUUGUGUGCAUAUGUGUGAUUUGCUACGCCUUACAAAUGAUACAGUUAAUAGAAAGACAUACAAAUGGGCACUUACUGUUAUAGAUGUCGCAUCACGUUUUAAAUGCGCCGUUCCCCUAACAUCGAAGAAUAGUUCCGAAGUUGCUAAAGCAUUUAAGAAAAUUUAUGAUAAUCCAAAUAAUCCUCUUACGUACCCGACACUUCUACAAUGUGAUGGCGGUAAAGAAUUCAUGGGUGAAACUGCUCGAUUAAUGGAAGCGCAUAAUGUCACAAUUCGAGUAAUUGGUGCUUAUAGUCAUCGUGGAUUAGCUCUU